CGAGGCUUCCCUGGCGCUUCUGGAGGAGGCGCGUGAGCUCUCCGUCCACUGCUUCGACGAGGGCCUGGACGAGGUGGCCGCCUGCGAGGGCCUUUCGCUGGCUCUGCUGGUGGAGCGUGGCGCCGAGGGCAGCAGGAGCCUCCGCGGCUACCUGUGCCACAGGUACCACCCGCCGCCCCGCGCCGAGCUGCACGUCUCGCGCCUGGCCGUGCCGCGCCGGCACCGCGGCCGGGGCCACGCUGGCCUGCUGAUGCGGUGGGCCCUCGGCGGAGCCGCCAGGGUGCCGCCGGAGCAGCUCGGGUGGAUCACCGUGAGCUCCCUGGAGACGGCGGUCCCCUUCUACGCGCGCCUGGGCUUCGUCCCCGAGCCGGGGCCCAAGGUCGCGGCGGAGGGCAGCGACCCGCAGACCUGGAUGCGCCUGCCCAGCACCUCCGUGAUCCCGAGGGCGCCUGCCCCCGCCGCCGCCGCCGCGGCCGCCCCGGGCCCCCCGCCGCCGGAGGGGCAGCGCGUCGCUUCCGCGGCGGGCGCGGAGGCC